CAGUUAUUGCGUGGUCGACCAAAUCGAAAACCUCAAAAAAAAAAAACCAAAAGAAAAAAAGGAGAGAAAAAUCGAAGAGCUUUCUACCGCUACCCGUUGCAGAGGAAGAUGCCGACUCUCACAAAACUUUACUCCAUGGAAGAAGCCGCUACACACAACAAGCAAGAUGACUGCUGGGUCGUCAUCGACGGCAAGGUCUAUGAUGUAACCUCGUAUAUGGAUGAGCAUCCUGGAGGAGACGAUGUGCUUCUUGCUGUCACAGGCAAAGAUGCAACGGAUGACUUUGAAGAUGCAGGACACAGCAAAGAUGCUAGGGAACUCAUGGAGAAGUAUUUUAUUGGCGAGCUAGACGAAUCUUCUGUACCCGAAAUACCAGAGCUUAAGAUCUUCAAGAAGGAACAGCCAACAGACUCUGUUCAGAAGCUUGUUGACUUGACAAAGCAAUAUUGGGUUGUUCCUGUCUCCAUUAUCACCAUUUCUGUAGCGGUUAGCGUCUUGUUCUCCCGCAAGAGAUAAGUAGUGUCUUUCUUACCUCCGAGAUGAUCUGUUAUAUUGAGUUACUGGGGAUUCAGCUUUACAAGAGAACUCCCCAUUAUAGAUUUUUGAAUCACAGAUAUGAUAUAGAUCAUUAUUAUUAUUCACUUUCAUCUGAUUUUUGAGUUUGAGACCAUGUUUCAAUACACAGAUUAAUGAUAUACGAUUAAUGGAUGGUUUGGUUUGCUGGUA